AAGUAAUAAAUAGCGUGAAAAAAAUUUCAAUUCAAUCAACAACGAAAGACAACCGAAAAAUAAGAGCCUGGAGAUCGGCUUUAAAAAGGUCGUGGGAGCUGAGGAAACCUCCGUGACUUGCUGGCAUGGCAUUUCAAGGAAAGAAGCUCAUCAACAAUCCCGACAAUGUGGUGACGGAAUUUAUCGAGGGUUUGGUGGAAACAUAUCCUGGAUUACAGUACUUGGAUGGUUUCCCUAAGGUGAAGGUUGUUUUACGAGCCGAUGUUUCAAGUGCAACAUACGACAAAGUCGCCAUUAUAUCAGGCGGUGGAAGUGGACAUGAGCCUGCACAUGCUGGAUUUGUUGGGGAAGGAAUGCUGACAGCAGCUAUUUGUGGUGAUGUUUUUGCCUCUCCACCAGUUGAUUCGAUUUUGGCUGGAAUUCGAGCUGUAACUGGACCUAUGGGGUGUCUUCUCAUCGUGAAGAAUUAUACUGGUGACCGUUUAAAUUUUGGUUUGGCUGCUGAGCAAGCAAAAUCUGAAGGAUAUAAAGUAGAGACUGUUAUUGUUGGGGAUGAUUGUGCCUUGCCUCCACCUCGAGGUAUAACCGGCCGUAGAGGAUUGGCUGGGACUAUACUCGUUCACAAGGUUGCUGGAGCUGCUGCUGCAGCGGGGCUUUCUCUUUUAGAUGUCGCCACAGAAGCAAAACAUGCAGCUGAAAUGAUUGGAACGAUGGGAGUUGCAUUGUCAGUUUGCACACUGCCUGGCCAGGUCACAUCAGAUCGUCUGGGCCCAGGGAAAAUGGAACUUGGUCUUGGAAUUCAUGGUGAACCUGGUGCUGCUGUGGCCGAUCUUCAGCCUGUUGAUGUGAUAGUAUCUCAUGUUCUCAAACAAAUUUUAUCACCGGAAACUAAUUAUGUUCCAAUAACACGAGGUAAUAGAGUGGUGCUCAUGGUUAACGGGUUAGGUGCUACCCCAGUGAUGGAAUUAAUGAUUGCAUCUGGGAAAGCAGUUCCUAAGUUGCAGUUGGAGCAUGGGUUGGCUGUUGACAGGGUGUACAGUGGUUCAUUUAUGACUUCUCUUGAUAUGGCCGUGGUAGAGCGCGUGGCUUUUAACCACGUGGUCGUGGGUUCAAUCCCCACAGACAGGUUUUCAAUUACCAUCAUGAAAUCAGAUCAAACAGUUUUGCAACGGUUGGAUGCUGCAACCAAGGCUCCUUCUUGGCCCAUUGGUGCUGAUGGUCCGUAUCAAGUUGUCACCUACCUUCCAAAAUACCUGUUCCACUACCACCACCUGCUCUUGCUACAAAGAACGACACUAGGUGGACCCGUUCAACUAAAUCAACAAGGCAUUAUUCUAGAGGCUGCAAUUGAGGCAGCUGCCAAAGCAGUGAUCAAUCUCAAGGACACAUUAAAUGAAUGGGAUAGCAAAGUGGGGGAUGGUGAUUGUGGGUCAACGAUGUUCAGGGGUGCAACAACUAUUAUUGAGGACCUAAAAUGCUAUCCACUGAACGAUGCUGCUGAGACAGUGAAUGAAAUUGGAUCGUCCAUUAGAAGGGUUAUGGGAGGAACUAGUGGGAUUAUAUAUACUAUAUUUUGCAAGGCAGCAUAUACAACAUUGAAAUCAUCCAACCUAGAUAACAUCACCCCGCAAAAAUGGGCUGAAGCAUUAGAAGCUUCCAUAGCUGCAAUUAGCAAGUAUGGUGGGGCUACUGCUGGUUAUCGAACAUUACUUGAUGCCCUCAUUCCAGCAUCUGAAGUUCUUAGGAAGAAAUUAGAUACUGGUGAAAAUCCGAUUACCGCUUUUAUUCACUCAUCUGAAGCAGCAUUGGCUGGGGCUGAAGCAACAAAAAACAUGCAGGCUCAGGCUGGCCGUUCGUCAUAUGUAUUUGGAGAAAUUCUCGCUGCAGUUCCAGAUCCAGGUGCAAUGGCCGCAGCAGCAUGGUAUAGAGCUGCGGCUGUGGCUGUCAUGGAAAGGUGCCAGGCUGCUUCAUGAGCAAAUACAUUAUGCUUUAAGAUCUGCGCCUUUUUUACCUGCAGAUUUGACCGUUGUGAUUUUUAUUAUUAUUAUGUUUCAAUCUUCAGUGCUUUCCAUUUACGCAUUUUUUUCAUAAAAACUUCAUUUUUUUUAAUCUUAUUUUUGCAUAAUGCCGAGAAAGCAAAUUCAUCUAGGGAGAGAGAUUGUCUUAAAUCAUCUGCUCCAUAAAAAUCAUGUGCUUGAAGAUAUGUAUUUUCAACUUUUGUCCA